AUGGCUUACAAAGUAUUUGUAGUUAAACGACAGUUUGAUAUAUUGGGCGCUUCAUUAGCCAUCAAAAGUGUCGAAGUUAUACAUAAAUAUGUAUUUGAAAUACAAAAAUCUGUUAAAAGUUUAGAUGGUAUGUCGUGGAAAGCUGGCAAAAAUUUUGAUGAUUCAAUUAAAUUAGAGGAUAUUAAGCAUUUGAUGGGUGUCUACUCGGAUAAGACAGUGUCUGAUAUUGAAAACCCGAAAGCACUUGUACUCAAUUUGACUCAAAUACCCGACUCGUUUGAUUUACGCCAAGCCUGGCCUCAGUGUACAUCAAUUAAUCAGAUACGAGAUCAGGGAUCCUGUGGUUCGUGUUGGGCUAUGGCUGUAGUUGAGACUAUAACUGAUCGCAUAUGUAUUGCAUCGCAAGGCAAACAACACGUAGAGAUAUCAGCUGAAGAUCUGCUUUCAUGUUGUACUGCUUGUGGUGACGGUUGUGAUGGUGGGUAUAUCGACAGAGCCUGGAAUUACUAUAUUAACACAGGUAUAGUGUCGGGUGGAGGAUAUGACAGCCAUAAAGGCUGUCGUCCCUAUACUAUAGCCGCUUGUGAGCACCAUAUGACUGGACAACUCCCUGCGUGCAGUAAAACAAGUGAACCGACGCCUAGUUGUGUAAAACAUUGUGACUCUGGGUAUAACCAUACUUACAAUGUGGACAAACAUUACGGUAUAUCAAUGUAUGAAUUUACUAAUGAAAAUAAUAGAUUACAAUCAGACAUUAUAAGUAAUGGUCCCGUUGUGGCAAGUUUUCAAGUUUGGAAGGAUUUUUUAACUUACAAAUACGGURUAUACCAUCAUAUGAUCGGUAAAUCAGUCGGUGCUCAUGCGGUUAAAAUUAUUGGUUGGGGUGUAGAAAAUGGUGUCGAUUACUGGUUGGCGGCCAACUCGUGGAAUCGCGAAUGGGGUGAUAAUGGCUUUUUCAAAAUAAGGAGGGGUCGUAAUGAUUGCCAGUUUGAAGAAAAUAUUAUAACCGGUUUACCAAAAUUGUAA